AUAGGGGAUAAGCAGAGUGACACGUUGCUGCCAAUUCUCCAUAACCAAGGAACGAGUUUCCGGGUGGGGAUCGCUGGAAGGGCUCAGUGAGCACCCCUAAUUAACCUGAUUUUUUGCUGAUAAUCACUCUCAAUGGAAUCAAAUCAAAAAUCCGGGGAUGGAUUGAGCGGCACUCAGAAAGAAGCAGCCCUCCGUGCACUCAUUCAGCGCACAGGAUAUAGCUUGGUCCAGGAAAAUGGACAAAGAAAAUAUGGCGGACCUCCCCCUGGCUGGGAUGCUGCACCCCCCGAACGAGGCUGUGAAAUUUUUAUUGGAAAACUCCCCCGAGACCUUUUUGAGGAUGAACUCAUUCCACUUUGUGAAAAAUUUGGUAAAAUCUACGAAAUGCGGAUGAUGAUGGACUUUAAUGGAAAUAACCGAGGCUACGCUUUUGUCACAUUCUCCAACAAGCAGGAGGCCAAAAAUGCCAUCAAGCAACUGAAUAACUAUGAGAUUAGGAACGGACGUCUCCUUGGGGUUUGUCCCAGUGUAGACAACUGUCGAUUAUUUGUGGGGGGAAUCCCCAAGACCAAAAAGAGGGAAGAGAUCUUGUCAGAGAUGAAAAAGGUCACAGAAGGAGUGGUGGAUGUCAUCGUCUACCCCAGUGCUGCAGACAAAACCAAGAACCGGGGCUUUGCUUUUGUGGAGUACGAAAGUCACCGAGCUGCAGCCAUGGGCAGGAGAAAACUACUCCCAGGGAGAAUUCAGUUGUGGGGACAUCCCAUUGCAGUAGACUGGGCAGAACCAGAAGUAGAAGUUGAUGAAGACACAAUGUCUUCUGUGAAAAUCCUUUAUGUGAGAAACCUAAUGCUGUCUACCUCUGAAGAAACCAUCGAAAAGGAAUUCGACAGUAUCAAACCAGGUUCUGUGGAGAGAGUGAAGAAAAUUCGAGACUACGCUUUUGUGCACUUCAAUAACCGUGAAGAUGCAGUGAAUGCCAUGAAGGCUUUAAAUGGGAAGGUAUUGGAUGGGUCUCCUAUUGAAGUGACGUUGGCCAAGCCAGUAGAUAAAGACAGCUACGUGAGAUACACUCGAGGUACAGGAGGCCGGGGUGCCGUCCUGCAAGGGGAACACCCUUACCCACUGGGACAUGUUUAUGAGCCAGCCACAGCGUAUCUGGGAGCACCCGUCUUCUACGCCCCGCAAGCCUACACAGCCAUUCCAAACCUCCACUUUCCAGUGGCCAAGGGACACCUGAGCAACAGAACCAUCAUCCGGCCCCCUUCUAUUAGAGAAAUUUACAUGAAUGUCCCUGUAGGGGCUGCGGGAGUUAGAGGACUGGGCGGUCGUGGAUAUUUGGCCUACCCGGGCCGGGGGCAUGGCUAUCAGGUCAAAGGAGAGAAGAGGGGAGAAGACAAACUCUACGACAUUUUACCCGGGAUGGAGCUCACUCCCAUGAAUCCAGUUACCUUAAAGCCUCAAGGGAUUAAACUCGCUCCUCAGGUCUUAGAAGAAAUCUGCCAGAAAAAUAACUGGGGGCAGCCAGUGUACCAACUCCAUUCAGCCAUUGGUCAAGACCAAAGACAACUUUUCCUUUACAAAAUCUCCAUUCCAGCUCUUGCCAACCAGAACCCAGCAAUUCAUCCCUUCACUCCUCCAAAACUCAGUGCUUUUGUUGAUGAAGCUAAGACAUAUGCAGCUGAGUAUACCCUUCAAACUUUGGGCAUUCCCAUGGAGGGAACUGAGGCUCUGCCAGCUGCUGCUGCUGCUGCUGCUUUUCCAGGCUACGCCAUCGCAAACGCGGCUGCCACUGUGACUGCGGCCCAGCUGAAGCAAGCGGUGACCCUGGGCCAGGACCUGGCCACCUAUGCGGCCUACGAAGCCUAUCCUGCUUUUGCCGUGGCCGCACGUGGGGAUGGCUAUGGGACCUUUUGAGGACUGCUUUUUGUACAUUCAUUUUUUAUUUAAAAACAGACACAAAGCUCACUGUAGACAAAGCCUCCCUCAAUUCUCCGAAUUGUUUCAAAUAAUUUCCAACUUUCUCACUCAUUAGCCAGUGGAUUUUUUUUUAGCAUGGGUAUUUCCAAAAUUAAAUCAAAAGUUAUGAAUCUGUUUUCUAAAGUAGAAAGGAAAGGAACUCUGACCCCAAAAAGUAUUCUAUUAUUCCUGGAGACCGUAGGUGUCCAUUUGGUAUGUUUAUAAAGGAAAAUAUAGAAUGGAGUCAGAUAUUUCAGCCCAUGGGAAGCAUGGCCGAGGUCAUUUAUAGAGAUGAGUGACAACAAAGGGGGACCAGAAGCUCAGACACCUCCCCGGCCCCCAAAGGGCUAACAUUUAGCCCAGUAGGCCCUAUCUCCAUCUUGGGCUCUGUUUACAGGCCUGGCCUGGAUAAAGGCCAGGAGAGAUUCCCUUAGUAAUCACUGAUGGAUCUUUCCAUUCCGUCUAUCUAAGACAUAUACUUAAAACUCAGGACCUUGUUAGGUUCUCUAAACCUUCUCUAAAGCCAUUAAAAGUAGUCCAUGACCCCCACUGGAAGUCAACAUAUGGUUCUACCUCUGGCCUGUUGCCUCCAUUUUCAACUCAUUUCCAAUAGAUGGACCAGUAGAUUUCUUUUAAAUCCAUUUUGGUUAGGAUCUAUACAUCAGUAAAGGGGUGAGAUCCCAAACAGUCCCUGAAGGCUCUGACUUAGUCGUUCUUGGCUGAGUGCAAACUCCUCAAGAAUUUGUCUUUUUUCUUCAUCUUUGUAUCUCCUUGCCCCUAAUUCAGUUCCCUGUCCAAAUGUUUUUUACUCAGACCUACUGUCUAACUGGUAUGGGAGAUUCUGGAAUGAUAAAGCCCUCCACUGAACUAAAUAGCUAUUCUUAUAUAUACUUAUAUCUAAAAAAGUUGUCUAAGACUCAGGUUAAAUUUUCCCACUUCUGGUGUCAGAGGUGGAAUAUGAACUCAGAUAUUCCUUAUUUCAAGGCCAAUGUUCUAGUCAUCAUAUGAUUAAUAAGGAGAUUAAUUCACAUCUGAAUUGAAUUGCCAGUUACAGAGAAACAGGUGAAAAUGUCACUUUACAGCAGGAAGAUACAGGAAAAAGGAGCUGUUCCCUUUUUUUCUGUAUCUUAUGGGCCUUCAAGUUCUCUUGGGUUUGUCCUUGCCCUUCUUUCAAAUCUAAGCAUAUGACAAAUAACAUGAGAGCUCUCUACCUUAACUUUCUUCCUGUUCCCAUAAACAUCAAACAACUUUGCUAAAUCAGAGUUAUUUUUUCAUGCUGCCUCUCUGGGAAAGUCUUCUCCCUCGUCCUCCCAACAAUCACAAGCUGUUUCUCCAGAGACUAGAUUCCCUACCCCUGUUCCAAAAAGCAGAGUAUACCCCCUUCCCCAGAUACACUGAUGGGGAACAAGAGAGCCGAGAAAUAAAGAAAAGGAGCCUCGAUCCCCACAUUUGCCAGAAUGAUGGUUUGUGAAUCAGACCAGGCAGCCUGUGUGCUUUGGGCCCACUCAGGCACCUAUUUCCUGGAUAAGCCCCCCCCCUUCUAGUUUCAUUAAUGGAAAAUCAAUAAAACAUACUCAAAUUCCCAUUCAGAAAUCCCUGGACCCCCAUAAAGAUUUAUAAGACUCAAAUCAAAAGACUGGCUGAAAAUGAUGUCAGAUGCCGAAAGGGAUAAUGGGAUCCGAAAGCAGAGCAGGGCUGACCUUGUCCCGAUGAGCCCCCUGUCUUGCCCAGCAGCAAAAACACUGUAAAACCACUGGCAACAUGCACCUUUAAAGCCUCCAAGUGUUCUGCUCUCUGUCUCUCCUUCUGCCUCUAUCUCACUAAGACAUUUUGCUUCUCAAAUCCCUGGGAAAUAGGAUUCCAAUUUGCAUCUAUUUUCCUCCCCGUGAAAAUCCUAUUUGCUUUAAGGUCAUAAUUCCUUCUCUUUUCAUCAAUUUAAUCUGACAAACAUUUGUUAAGCACCUACUAUGUGCCAAGUGCUAUCCAAAGCACUAGAACUAAAUGCAUUGGACAAUUCAGUAAGACUAGAGGAAGUUUUGACAUUCAAAAAGGAAGAAAAAUACAGAAUACAUGGGGGAUGGAAAUAGCCAAAGGUAAAUUUCAAUCCAUAAGUGUAAAUGAGGCUGUCGAACUUGUGCUAUCUUGUGUCCCAUCUUUCCAUUGUUCUGACCUUGUUUCAUUACUUGCCACUAGAAGGAAGCCAGAAUUCAAUAAUUAAAUCACCCUCUUGGAUGUGAAUCCCAGUCCAAUAUCAUCCCAAAUGAUUUGAUAUUUAGGGAAUGGUUUAGUUAGCAAGGCUCCCAGGUAACCAGGAAGUUACCUCAAGUCAAGAAAAUGUUGGGGUAAGAGGGUUUCUCAUCAGAGAAAGCAAAUGCUUUUCAAUCUAUAUUUCAGGUAUUCCUUUGCACUGAGAUAGAUUGAGAUUCUAUGUUAUUUACUAACAUUAACCAUAUAGAAAUAUUUUCUUGGAUAUUAUUUUACUUAUAUGGAAGCACUUACCCUCAUGUUCUUCCCAGCUUAGAAGAGUUCAGCUUUUCAUCAAAAUGAUAUCCAUCUAAAUUUCGAUUUAUAUUGAGUGUCACAAGGCUUUCAACUAGUUCCAUUUUAUAAUUCUAUUUGGAGUUAUUGAGCUCCAAAUUAUUAUUAUUGUUGUUGUUGUUGUUGUUGUUAUUAUUGGCUUGGGGAUAGGAAUAGUCUGCACUGAGUCAUUUGUUGGGUUAGAAAUAUACUUUAAAAGUUGGGGGUUCCUUUCCAUAUCUUUGGUAGUUGGGAGUCAUGGGAACAGUAGUAGAUCCUGUUGAAUAUCAACAUCUAUCCUUGGCCUUGGCUUCCAUAUAGAGCCAUUGAACCCCAUUCUUCCCAAGCUAUUCUAAUCCAUGAUUAUUCUGUGUUCACAGACUAAAGUGAAUGUAAGAUUUAAAGUUCUUAAAGGUAGGUCACAAAAUUGUUUUUAAGAAGUGAGAUUUUUAUUUUCUAUAGUUUGUAUUCCAGAGUACCUGGUUAAUGAAGGUAUCUUUAUAUACUCUUUUUAAUCCUGUUACCUAAAUAUGUGAGCCCAAUAUAUGUCCAGUAAUGAAUGGACAAGAGGAAUACUAAAAAUAAACGUAAAAAGAGACUCGUCA